AUGCACAUCAAAGUCUUCGUGUGGACGAAAAAGAAGCCUAAACUAUUAAAUAAAUUUGAUAAGACUAUUAAAGCUGAACUUGAUGCUGCAGAAAAACUUCGUAAAAGGGGAAAAAUUGAGGAAGCAUUGAGUGCAUUCCAAGAACUAGUUCGCAAAUACCCGCAGAGUCCACGGGCGAGAUACGGAAAGGCACAGUGUGAAGACGAUUUGGCUGAGAAAAGAAGGAGCAACGAGGUGCUGCGUGGGGCCAUCGAAACCUACCAGGAGGUGGCCAGCCUGCCCGAUGUCCCCACAGACUUGCUGAAGCUGACCUUGAAGCGACGCUCAGACAGACAGCAAUUUUUGGGUCACAUGAGAGGCUCCCUGAUUACCCUACAGAAAUUAGUUCAACUGUUUCCUGAUGAUAUGUCUUUAAAGAACGACCUUGGAGUGGGGUACCUCUUGAUAGGGGAUAACAACAAUGCUCAGAAGGUCUAUGAAGAGGUGUUUUGGUCAGUGGUUUUCAAGCUGGCAUAUUUUACAUCAAAAUGCUACUACUCAGUGAUAGCCAAUAUGAUUCCUCUGGUUUAA